AUGGAUAUGGAGCAUGUUCGUCGCUACAAUGUCGAGCGCUCGUGUCUCCGCUGCCAUGAACGGAAGGUCCGUUGUGAUAAGGGGGCACCGUGCAACAAGUGCGUGCGCCUUAAUGUGCCCUGCCAAUACCCCGGCCCUAGACGGGCUAAGCGCCGCCCACCCAAGACGACGGUGACGGAUGUCGUGGCGCGGCUUGAGCAGCUCGAGCGCUCGAUUACCACGUUAGCGGGGAGUAAGAUGGCUGGCGCUUCGGCGCAGGUGAAUCAAGCGCUUACCGGGUCGAAUGUUCAAAUUAGUCCGGUCUCGGUGUCGAGUCAGUCUGGACCAGGUCUGAGUGGUCGGUCUGGUCGAGAUGAGGAGUCGCAUCGUGGAUUCUUGUCGAGGGAUGGUUGUUAUAUUGAUGAGCCGCUGUUGUCGAGGGUUCUUGAGAAAGAGAAGGAUUUACAGACUGCUAUGGGAUCACCCAAUACGGAGAAUACUUCCUCGAGGAAACCGCCUCCACUGAAGGUGGAUGGGAUUAUUACAAAUCCUAUUUUGCUCCAGGCUGAUUUCAGAGCAUUAUGUCCUACUCGGUGGCAGGGUACGCUGCUCUGGCAGAUCUUCUUGAGUCGGGUGGAUCCCGUCUUGAAGGUGAUUCAUGUCCCGACGACGACACCGCGUAUAUACACUGCUAUUAAUCGGCCUGAUGCGGUGAAACCGGAUGUGCAUUGUCUGCUUUUUGCGAUCUUUUUCGCUGCUACUACGACGCUGGUCUCGGAUGAUCCUACUAAUGAGGAGACUCGGGAUGAUCUACGUCGAUAUCAACAGGGAUUGGAACUUGCCAUGCACAAUUCAUCAUUCCUAGACUCUCCUACCGUGACAUCGCUACAAGCCAUGGCUAUCUACCUGACAUGCCUUCGCUACACUAAUAGCGGACGCUCCGGCUUCACACUACGCGGCCUGGCCAUCCGUGCCGCUCAAUCUAUUGGCGUCCACCGCGACGGUAAAAACUUCAAGCUCCCUCCACUGGAAUGUGAGCUCCGUCGCCGUCUCUGGUGGAUUCUCUACACAACAGAUGCGCGCAUGGCCGAGGACCACGGCAUCAGCGUCUCAGAACAAGACUUUGGCGCGGACACCGAAUUCCCCACAAACAUCGACGAUCAGAACCUGACAGAAACCCAAACGACCCCCUCUCAAUCCCUCCCCCGCUGGACAGAAAUGAGCUUUAUUCUUAUCAUCUCCGAAAUAAAUAGCAUGUGGGUGCCCAUCUCUCGCGCUAGCGGCCAUGCCGAAUCACUCAUCACAGACCUUAAAACACGUCUGCACGAGCGCUACCUGCAAUAUGCAGAUAUGGACAUUCCCAUCCAACGUCAAGGCGUAAUGGUCGCUCAAGUCCUGUUAUCAAAAUUAGAAGUCCACGUGCGUCAAAAGGCCCUACAGCGUCGAUCUGCUGCAGACACAGACGCGAAUGUCGAGGCUGCCUCGUCCUUGCUAGCAAUGGCCUGCCAUGCGCUCGAACUUGGACUGGAAAUGUACACGGACGAUUUACUCCGCGGAACACGCUGGUUAACGUCGACAUACACACAAUUCCACCUGCUGACGUAUAUCCUGUGGCAUCUGUGCGUGUACCCGAGCGGUCCGCACGUAACCCGUGCCUGGCGCGAUGUCAAUCGCCAUUUCGAUCUUGCAGAGAAUGAUCCCUCGUGGCCGGAUCCAGGUCCCAAAUGGCCCGUUCUGGUUGGACUGCGAGCCAAGGCGUAUAAGAUUCGACAGGCUUAUGUCCCGCCCGUAACGGGGGUGGAGGUUAUCCCCGAGGGUGGUGUGACUGGCGCUACGACUGUUACGGCGGUUGCAGCUGGUACAGGCGAGACUGGGAUGGGGAGUGUGGUUGUUGCGAAUGGGAAUAUGACGGGGGCUGGAAUUGAGAAUACUGUUGCGAUGGGUGGGGGGUUUGUACAGGGUGCGGAGGCUUUGUUUGAAGUGAAUGGGUGGGAUUUGAAUUGGGUGGAAUUUCCGGAUUGGAAUUAUUUGGCGCAGAGUCUUGCGGUUAUGGGGCAGGAGGGUGGGAGUUAUCCCGUUGGCUGA